AGGAAACAAUUUAACGUCUAGUCAGUCCAAAGUUCCUAGUUCACCUCUGCGAAAUUCAGUGGAGGGAAAACUGUUCGACACGUCACCUGAGUCAGGCAAGGCUACCGAGUGUGAUAUGUGCCUCAACUACGAGACACAGCUGGUGAAUGAGCAAAAGCGAGUGGCCGAGCUGACCAAGCAGCUGGGGCUGUUAGAGCGUUGCCGUGACGAUCUCCAGAAGGAGAUGGCCAACCGGAAGGACAUGGAACAGAAGUGGAACGAGAACAAGGAGGAACACAAGGCGCAGGUGAGCGAGCUGCUGCAGAGGGUGACAAGCAGUGAGGCUGCUCUGAAGGAGUUGAGAGCCAACUUCGGUCAGAUGACCACCUCCCUGACCCGUGAACUGGACAGGCUGCGAGCGCAGAGAGAGCAGUCACAGAGGGAUCUGGACAGCAUACAACUUGAAAAUGAGAAACUGGUCGGACGCUACAACAACGCUCACUCUCAGGAACUUCAGGAUGCGUUCAUCGAUUUGCCUGAUAAAGUAGAGGAGCUACAGGAGAUGGUACUGAAGUGUAGAGAAGAUCUUAUCGCAGCAAGGGUGGGCCAGGAGAGAGCUGAAGCAGUGGCAGCCACCCAGAGAGAGGAAGCCCAGCUGUAUCUCAGCCAGAGUGAGGCGGAGCAGCAGCAAAGACAGCAGCUAGAGAACAGUCUGGCGGCUGAGAUCAAUGUUCUCAAAACACAACUAAAUAAAGAAGAGAUGCUACGUAAGGAAAAGCAGAAGAGGAUUCAGAUCAUGGAGCAAGCAGAAGUGAACAUGCGAUCAGAGAUGGAUGACCUCAGAUCGCAGCUAGAUAACGUCAAAACAUGCCAGAAAAAUUUUAGAGAUGAUGUCAACGAGCUUCGCAGUCGAGUGACCUCACUGCAAACCGAAUUAGACAACGGGGAGACAGUACAGAAGGACUUUGUGCUACUUUCGCAGUCACUGCAACAAGAGUUGGAGAGGAUUCGCAGUGCAGACACCCAAGUAAGAUGGGAGCAUCUAGAAGAUGUUGACGAAUGUCAUGGAUGUCGUUCUCCUUUUACCACCAAUAGGCAGAAG